AUGUCUUACAUGUUACAACAUCUUCACAAUGGUUGGUCAGUAGAUCAAGCAAUACUAUCUGAGGAAGAAAGAAUUGUAUGUAUAAGAUUCGGACAUGAUUAUGAUGCAGACUGUAUGUUAAUGGAUGAAGUAUUGUAUAAGGUAGCAGAGGAUGUGAAGAAUUUUUGUGUAAUUUAUUUGGUGGAUAUUACCGAAGUUCCUGACUUCAAUACAAUGUACGAACUUUAUGACCCUGUAUCUGUGAUGUUUUUUUUUAGAAACAAACAUAUCAUGGUUGACCUUGGUACUGGAAAUAACAAUAAGAUAAAUUGGCCACUUAAUAAUAAACAAGAGUUUAUUGAUAUAGUUGAAACGAUAUAUCGUGGAGUGCAAAAAGGUAAAGGGCUUGUAGUUUCGCCUAAGGACUAUUCUACCAAAUACAAAUACUGA